CAUAUGGAACAUUUCUGGGAUCCUUUAUUUCAGCUCAUGAAACAUGGGACCAACACUUUACAUGUUGCGUUUAUAUUUUUGUUCAGUAUAUAUCUGGCAUGGCUCAAGGGGAAACAACGUUCACUUUUACUUCAGAAAUGCAACAAUUUGAUCGAGUGGGGUGGAGGCGGAGUAUGAAGGCUCAUUGACUACUAAGCCGUGAGCUCUUGGGACGGGACAACACUUUCUGCCUAGCGGAGAAUAGUAUUCUUGGAAAAGUUUUUCUCUUGAAAGCAUGUCCAAAUAUAAGCCAUGGCAGGUUGGUUGCUGUCUCUGUAUCGGUUUAUUUGGUGCUAUAAUAUCCAUCUGUCUCUGCAUACUAGCCUUCGGCGUAUUUAUCCACCAAGGAUGCCCCGAGGACACGUACAAGCACGCGGCGGUUUCUGCGGACUCUAAACUUUGCUCGGACAUUGGCAGAGAUAUACUGCAACAAGGAGGAUCGGCAGUAGAUGGCGCCAUUGCAGCUCUGUUGUGCACCUCACUGGUCAACCCUCAGAGCAUGGGCCUGGGAGGAGGGUCCAUAUUCACUGUUAGGGACGAAACUGGCACGGUGAAAACCUUCAGUUCGAGAGAGACUGUUCCACAGUCAUUCAACGCUGAUCUGCUGAAGGGCUGUCCCACAUCUGUCACAUUUAUCACAGGUAGUCAGUGGAUUGGCGUUCCUGGAGAGUUGCGUGGGUAUGAGGUGGUUCACAGAAUGUAUGGGAAGCUGCCCUGGGCCAAGCUGUUUGAGCCCACCAUUAGACUGGCCAGAGAAGGAUUUCCUCUGCCACCCUUCCUGGGAUACCUCCUUAACAUCACACUCAUAGGAAACCUGGUGAAAGCAACAUCACUCUGGUAUGAGGUGUUCUGCCACAAGAACAAGACGGUGCUGGGUAUAGGAGACACAUUGAAGUUCCCUAAACUGGCGGAAACCAUGGAAACCAUUGCAGAACAAGGUGUAGAUGCCUUUUACACUGGCCAAAUUGGACUUGACUUGAUUCAAGACGUAAAAGCAGCAGGUGGGACCCUUACCAUGGAGGAUCUGAAGUCAUUCAGAGUCAGAGUGGAGGAUGCCUGGACUGUUCCUCUUGGAGAUUACCAGAUGCACAUCCCUCCACCUCCUGCAGGGGGAGUCAUGCUCGCCUUCAUCCUCAACCUUGUUAAAGGGUUCCAUUUCACCCCCAGGUCCAUGGAGGAGGACCAGAAGGUCCUGACCUAUCACUGCUACAUAGAGGCAGCUAAAUUUGCUAACGGACAGAGGAGGAACGGUCACGAUCCUGUUUUCAACACUAAAAAAGAUGCAUCGUAUAUGGUGGACUCUGACUUUGCUGAUCGGAUCAGGCAAUUGAUCAGUGAAGACCGUACCUAUAAUGACUCCUACUACAACAUAACACCUUCCCCUGACCGCUUUGGGACCACACACGUGUCAGUCCUGGCUGAAGAUGGAUCUGCAGUCUCUGUCACAAGUACCAUCAACCAAAUUUUUGGUGCAGGGAUUUACUCCAGUAGAACAGGCAUCAUCCUCAACAACGAGCUGGCUGACUUCUGUUUUAGAGCAGAGAGAUUGAGUGCAGGUGAACAGCCUCCCUCUUCAAUGGCUCCAGCUAUACUUAGCUCCAGCUCUGGGAAAAAGACCCUUGUAAUUGGGGGAUCAGGGGGUACCAUGAUCACGACCGCCAUGGCCCUGUCCAUAAUGAACCACCUUUGGUUGGGGAUGAGUUUGAAAGAUGCCAUUGCUGCUCCUAUAGUGUUCGUCGAUGGCAACAACAAUGUGAAGUUUGAGCAUGGCUUUGAUAAGUCUGUGAUAGAGGCCCUGAAGGUCAUUGGACACAGAGUGACAGACUACCCAUACUUCUUCAACGUGGUCAAUGCUGUGGCCAAGGAGGACGGAUGCAUCGCAGCCGUGUCAGAUGCCAGGAAGCAGGGCAAAUCUGCUGGCUACUGACCAAUGGGACACCAGGACACUAAGAGUAUACCAAGACCAGGUGUUUCCUUACUAAGGUGUACAGCCAAUUAGUUGGCUUUAGAACACUGUACAUUAGGUCCAAGAGGACAGUAAUUUUAGUGAGAUUUCUUUUUUGUAAUUCUAUUAUCUUCAUAUAUGAACAUUUUAUCUAAACCAACAGUCCAGAGCCUUAAGCAGAAUCAAAUGGCCCUCUUGACAAAAUACUUAGGCACUGAAAUGGAUGGAGUUUCUAAUUUUACCAAGUACAUAAAAUAACAUGCUUGUUCUUAAUGACUAACUGUACAGUACACAUAGAUUAUAGCACAAGGAGAUCCCGAAGGAACUCAAAUGGGAAGAGGACAGUACAGCCUGUCAGCCUGUACUAACAUGGGACUCAUACUGUGACCACAAGGACUUGUCAGAUUCAGGACAGGACAUGGUACAACAUGUUACAACUCAAUCCUCCAAGUUCAUUUAUUAGUCCCUCUCUGGAGUGUUGCAGCAAUACUCUGAGACUCACACUUUGAGAAAACAGGCUUUUUGCAGCCCCCUUCAGUGUCAGAAAGGAGUUCCACUGCCUAAAAAUACUUAAGCACCCCUUGCUGACUAACAGCUACCCAAUCAGUUUACUGCCUGAUCUUAGUAAACUGGUGGAGAGAAUUGUGUUUGACCAAAUACAAUGCUAUUUUUCAGAGAACAAAUGAACUACUGACUUUCAGCAUGUAUAUAGAGAAAAGCACUCAACUUGUACUGCACUGACUCUGAUGACAGAUGAUUGGUUAAAAUAAAUGGAUAAUAAGAUGAUAGUUGAAGCUGUAUUGUUAGAUUUCAGUGCAGCCUUUGAUGUUAUUGAUCAUAAAUUGUUAUUGAAGAAACUCACUUUGGCUUUACAUCACAUGGUUGGACAGUUAGUUAUCCAUUAUAACCCAGAGAGUGUUCUUCAAUGGAAGGUUCAUUAACAUCAUAUAUGUACAAUGCGGUGUCCGUCAGGACAAUUCCACACUCUACAUGUCAGCACCCAAAGCCGGUGAGCUCACAAAAAGGAAAAAAAGAAUCCGUUUUAGAAUGAGUGAAUAAAAAUAAACUGGUCUUAAAUACAUCUCAAACUAAAAGCAUUGUAUUUGGUUCAAAACAUUCUCGAAGCCCUAAAACUCAACUGGAGUUGUGUGACCAUUGAGCAAGUUGAGGAAGCUAAACUACUACGCACAGUACGUAUAACACUGGAUGGUCAAUUAUCAUGGGCAAGUCAUAUUGACAAAGUUGUUGUGAAGAUGGGGAGGGGUAUGUAUUUUAUAAAAAGAGGUUAUGUGUUUGAGACAAAUCAACUUGGCAUGUAUAACAAGACAAUUAGAAAUUCCAGACACGCUCGUUUUCUAACUUGAUCACUAAUAAUCAGAAUAUUUAGAGAGUGAUCUUCUCAACCAUUGAUGGCCUGAUUUAAUCCUACCCCCGCAAGCAAACCUGUGAACUUCCCUCCACAUGUAAAUGUGAUGAGUUUGCGGCAUAUUUCAGAGAUAAGAUACACAGCCUAAUGUUUGUUAUCGUCAAGCAAGACCUGAUGAGAAGUUUGACAUGUGCCCUAGCCUACCACACAAAGGCACUAUGGAUUUAUUUUCCCUGGUUGACACAGACAUGCUCAGGAAAGUGAUAUCACAAUUUAAGCCUUAUACCUGCCUUCUCGAGCCUAUCCCCACCACCUUUUUCAAAACAGUUUUUUACAUUUCAUAUCUAAAGAAGUGCCAGCUAUUGUUACUCACUCCCCGUCCUUGUACUCUUGGAUUUAAGUGCUGCAUUCAACACUGUUGACCAUGAUGUCCUCUGGACAGACUGGAGAGGUGGGUUGGCCUCUCCGGUCCAAUUAUAAAUUGGUUCAGGACCUAUUUGACAGGUUGAGAGUUUUUUUGUGACCCAUUGUGAACAUAACUCAGAGAAAAUACUACCACCUGAGGAACAUUGCCAAGGCGUGGCCAUUUCUCUCUCAGGCUGAUACAGAGAGACUCCUCCAUGCUUUUAUUACAAGCAGGCUUGACUACUGUAGUGCUCUCCUGUCUGGUCUACCUAAGAAAGUCAUUGGUCAACUGCAAAACAUACAGAAUGCUGCAGCACUGGUACUGACCAAGACCAGACAGAGAGCACACAUAACACCGGUUUUAAGGUCUCUGCACUGGCUGCCUGUGAGUUUUAGAAAUACAUUUUAAGAUUCUUCUAUUGGUUUUUAAGAGGAAGCCUUUAGUUACUAUGCCCCCAUCCUCUGGAACGGCCUGCCAGAGAUCCUUGGUGGGCUGAAACUGUGGACAUAUUUAAAAGAGAUCAUAAAACACACAUUUUUAGCUUUACUUUUCCUUAGAGUGCUUUUUAGUCACUCAGUUUUUGUUAUUCUUUUACUUUUUAUCCUCUUAUUGUGUAGUAAAUAUUUCAGUGUUUAUGUUUUACCUGUGAAGCACAUUGCGUUGCAUUCCAUGUCUGAAAUGUGCAAUGUGCUGUAUAAAUAAAGUUUGAUUUGUACUAGUCGUUCA